GCCGCACGCCGCGUCUGCCCAGCAUCAGCGACAGGUGGCGCAAGACCUGCGCAUCGCACCCGGCGAAACCAUGAAUCUUUAAUAUCAAAUUUGUACCGUGCAGUGGUUUAAUUAAAAAAAUGAAAGUUAAGUGUCUAUACGUGGUGCGCUCCGUUUAGAGGAUUACCGGCAUUCGCACGCCCGAAUUGUGUAGCAGGUGAAGGAGGUGUAGCAGGUGGAGCAGGUGGAGGAGGCAUGCGGCGAUGAGGCGGCGUGGUCCGCGCGCCAUGUCCUGCUGACAUGGCAGUCAGCCGCUCCGCCCUCCUUUCGCUGGCAGCUCUCACAGCACUCGCCGGGUGCUGUGUGUGCGCGCCGCAAGGCAGCGUGCAGGGCGGCGCGCAGGUGCCGGGCGUGUCGCACUCCACCGCCCCGCCCGCCGGCGUCGGCGGCGUCCGCAGGUUCAGUCAAUACACCAGGGGGCGCGGAUAUCGGGACUGGCGCACGCGGGGGGACCCCACUCUGAUCAACUCGCUGUGGCGCAGCCGGCAGCCGCUCGGCAUACGAAAACAGCUGGGGAACGCGGAGGUGUACAUAGUGCUGGCGCUGCUGAUCGGCGUGGUGACGGUAGUGGUGGGGUGCUGGCUGUCGGACAACUGCUGGUCGCCGGAGCCCGAGGACCUGCUGGCGGGUGGCUGA